AAUUCGGCAUCUGGACGCAGAUUUUGUUCUCAGUCGGAUCCGAACCGCGCUGACUGUCAGAUGAGGAUGAUGAUGAUGAUGAUGAUGAUGAUGUGAGGAUCCGCCGACUGAACCGAUUCUCGUGAAUAUCAGAGAAUAAACAGACGCUCAUCCUGACAGAACAUGACGGAGCUUCACCGCAGAUGCUCUCCGCCCGGGUUCAGCCGCUCCAGCGCCGCGGGUGGAGGUGGAGGAAAAGGCGGAUUAUCUCAGCCGGCUGGAUGGCGCUGUCUGCUGUCUCUCACCAUCCUUUUCCUGGCGUGUGUGUGCGGAUUCAUCUCCAGACUGUUCGCGGUGAUCCGCUUCGAGAGCCUCAUCCAUGAGUUUGAUCCGUGGUUUAAUUACAGAUCCACCCAUCAUCUGAGCACCAGCGGCUUCUACGAGUUCCUCAACUGGUUUGAUGAGAGAGCCUGGUAUCCUCUGGGGCGGAUCGUCGGAGGAACGGUCUAUCCUGGUCUGAUGGUGACCGCGGGUCUGAUUCACUACAUCCUGAACCUCGUCCACCUGAGCGUUCACAUCCGGGACGUCUGCGUGUUCCUGGCGCCCGUCUUCAGCGCUCUGACCGCCAUCGCCACCUUCCUGCUGACGCGGGAGCUGUGGAGUCAGGGGGCGGGGCUUCUGUCCGCCUGCUUCAUGGCCGUCGUCCCCGGAUACAUCUCACGCUCGGUCGCCGGGUCCUUCGAUAACGAGGCCGUGGCCAUAUUCGCCCUGCAGUUCACCUACUUCCUGUGGGUGAAGUCCAUCAAAACUGGAUCGGUGUUCUGGACCGUCGGAUGCUGCCUCUCGUAUUUCUACAUGGUGUCGGCUUGGGGCGGUUACGUCUUCAUCAUUAAUCUGAUUCCUCUUCACGUGUUUGUUCUGUUGUUGAUGCGACGCUUCAGUAAGAGAGUUUACAUCGCGUACAGCACGUUCUACAUCAUUGGUCUGAUUCUGUCGAUGCAGAUUCCUUUUGUUGGUUUUCAGCCAAUCAGAACCAGUGAACACAUGGCAGCGGCCGGUGUGUUCAUUCUCGUGCAGCUCUACUCGUUCCUGCAGUUCCUGCGAGACAGACUGACGCUGCAGGACAAACAGACUCUGUUUUCUGUCUUCGUUUGUGUCGCUGCGCUGCUGCUGUUUGUUUGUGUCGUUUACUUCAGUGGCAUCGGUUGGAUCGCUCCGUGGAGCGGACGCUUUUAUUCCCUCUGGGACACGGGCUACGCUAAGAUUCAUAUUCCGAUCAUCGCGUCGGUAUCGGAGCAUCAGCCCACCACCUGGGUUUCCUUCUUCUUUGAUCUUCACAUCCUGGUCUGCACCUUCCCAGCAGGCCUGUGGUUCUGCAUCAGGAACAUCAGCGCAGAGCGCGUGUUCGUGGUUCUGUACGGCAUCAGCGCGGUGUAUUUCGCCGGUGUGAUGGUGCGGCUCAUGCUGACUCUGACGCCGGUGGUGUGCGUUCUGUCGGCCGUGUGUUUCUCCAGCGUGUUUGAGCGCUAUCUGGGCGACGAGCUCAAGCAGGACGAUCCUCCGGCUGAAGACGCGCCGGCGACAAACGACAGGAAGAACUUUGGGAGUCUCUAUGAUAAGGCUGGUAAGCUGCGUAAGCAUCACGUGUGUGAAGAGGGUUUGGGUUCAAACAUCAGGAGUCUGGUGAUGGUCCUCCUGCUGCUGCUGCUGCUGAUGUUCACCGUUCACUGCACGUGGGUCACCAGCAACGCUUACUCCAGUCCCAGUGUCGUGCUGGCUUCACACAACCAUGACGGCUCACGCAGCAUCCUGGACGAUUUCAGAGAGGCGUACUAUUGGCUGCGACUCAACACCGAUCAACACGCUCGUGUCAUGAGCUGGUGGGAUUAUGGGUAUCAGAUCGCAGGCAUGGCCAACAGAACCACGCUAGUGGACAACAACACCUGGAACAACAGCCACAUCGCGCUGGUGGGCAAAGCCAUGGCGUCCAAUGAGAGCACGGCGUAUGACAUCAUGAGGCUGCUGGACGUGGACUAUGUGCUGAUCAUCUUCGGAGGGGUGAUCGGAUACUCAGGCGACGACAUCAACAAGUUCCUGUGGAUGGUGAGGAUCGCUGAGGGAGAACAUCCUAGAGACGUGCGGGAGAGUGAUUUCUUCACACCUCAGGGAGAGUUCAGGGUGGAUAAAGCUGCGUCUCCAGCGCUGCUCAACUCUCUGAUGUAUAAGAUGUCUUACUAUCGCUCCGGAGAAAUGCAGCUGGACUUCAGAACUCCUCCAGGAUUCGACCGGACUCGAAACGCCGAGAUCGGAAACAAAGACGUGAAGCUGAAGCACCUGGAGGAAGCCUUCACCUCGGAGCACUGGCUCGUUCGGAUCUAUAAAGUCAAAGAUCUGGAGAACAGACAGCCGCUGGAGCGCAGACCUCCAGUCACACACAGACUCUCCUCCAGAAAGGGCUGCAGGAGGAAACGAGGAUUCAUUAAAAACAAACUUGUUCUGAAGAAAGGUAGAAGACUGAACCGGAGACAGAAGAGAACGAGACUAGUCUGAACCGAAGCGGAUCAGUGAAGAUGAAGACUGACUGUUUGAUUUCAGCUGGUGCUCUGUUGCUCUUUCACCGUUUCAUACUUGAAUAUGUGUUUGAUAUGACCGAGAAUAAAAGGUUUUUUAAUAGGUCAUGAAGGAAAUUGUAAACUUUUGGACAUUAAAGCUGAUGGAGAAUGAAGAUGUUGCUCACGUUCUCCUCAUUUUAAACAUUUACAAUUAAAAAUCACAAUUAUCCCAAUCACAAAAUAUUUAAGACAAAUAUAAGAUUUUUCUACAGGAAUUGCAUAUACCAUGAUAACGUUCUAGGUUUUAAAGGUGCUGUAUGUAGGAUUGACACUGAGUGGUUCAACUAGGUAUUGCAGUCCAAAUUUUUUCACCCGUCCCAGAAGACACAUUUUCAGAGGAGAAGAAUUGUCUGUAUCAUAGUUUUUCAGAUAAACAAGUAUGUUAACUUAGCUUGAUUCUUAAACAUCUUCUAACAUAUUAUAGUAUUUUUAUUCUUUAGCAGAAUCAGAUUCCUACCGGUUUUAGGGCAAUAUUGAUGACUGUAUAUUAAAAUAAUAAACCUAAUGUGGUCUGUAGGUAUUAGUCAUACACAACUAUUUUAGUAGUGACUAGUUGCAUCUAUUUUAUUUGAUUUACGUAAUCAGAUUUUCAAAAUGCAUUAAUGCAGGUUUAAUCAGCAUAAAUCUGUUCAUUGUAAAACAAUUACAUUUAAGUUAAAGAAUAUGAACAAGGUUAAAAUGUGUCUGGCUAUGGAACAAGAAAUGUUCUGUUAAAAUCAAUGAGACUGAAACAAACUGGAUUUAUUAAUAAUAAAUAAAUAAAAGAAAUCGAUAAAAUCAGUUUAUCAGUACUAUUACAUAAAUCUGAAUUGUUUCAUUUAUGUAUGACUGACAAACACACAUCACAGUAAGUUUAUUAGUCUGUUAAUAUUAAAACUAUCACGCAAAUCAAUGGAAAUCUUAUAUGCAGUUCAAAUACGGAAAUCUUACAUUUAUUCCUAUAUAUUUUAGUGAAUGUCCUUUUGAAAUGUUCUUGUGCAAAAGUGAUUUCUGAAAGGGUUUUGAUAUUUUUCGGUUUCUUUUUGAGCUUUGGUAGUUUUCCGGGGAGUUUGUAACGAAUCAAAUGAUGCAAUAAUUAUCAGGACUUUUGGAGUUUUUGCAGUGAAUGUAAAAGUGUUUACUUUUUGUCAUAAAUGUACAGCAUGAAUGUUUUUAGUACACUUUAGUAUGCAAAAAUAAAUCUGUCAUGUGUGCGGCUGCUGAUCCCACUGAUCUGAUGCUGCUUUACUCCGAAGUUUGUGUGGCUUUAUAUGCUGAGCCUCUGAACUCAUUUUAUUUCUCAAUAAAAGCACUUCCCAGUUCCCAGUUAAGAAAAAUA